UAUUUUCGACAUAAACAGAAUACGUCAUUCAUUUUCUUUUCACGCAGGCACUACCAAGGACGACUAUUCCGGGGCCCUUGCCUUAGAAGGGAAAUCCGGCUGCUCUGCGCAAACUCCUUCCUUUCCUGCUCAGGCCGCCAAAGAAGCCGCUGAGAUGUUGAUGCCCAAGAAGGACCGUAUUGCCAUCUAUGAGCUCCUCUUUAAGGAGGGUGUCAUGGUGGCCAAAAAGGAUGUUCAUAUGCCAAAGCAUCCAGAGUUGGCUGACAAAAAUGUGCCCAACCUUCACGUUAUGAAGGCCAUGCAGUCCCUUAAAUCUCGUGGCUAUGUAAAAGAGCAGUUUGCCUGGCGACACUUCUAUUGGUACCUGACCAAUGAAGGUAUACAGUACCUGCGUGAUUUCCUGCACUUGCCCCCAGAGAUCGUUCCUGCAACUCUGAGAAGGAGUCGCCCUGAAACUGGCAGGCCCCGCCCUAAAGGAUUAGAGGGUGAGCGCCCAGCACGGCUGUCACGUGGUGGUGAGGCUGAUAGAGACACAUACAGACGCAGUGCUGCUCAACCUGGUGCUGAUAAGAAGGCAGAAGCUGGAGCUGGUGCAGCAACGGAAUUUCAGUUUAGAGGAGGAUUUGGCCGUGGCCGUGGACAGCAGCCUCCCCAGUGACAUAAAUGAGUUAUUGU